AAUGUGUGUGAGUCCCUGCACAUACUUUUGGGGCUCAAUGUGCUUAUGUCUGCACUAAUCUCACCAGGAGAGAUUGUGGCCUAUGGAGACCAAAGCCCUUGUAUAUUUCAAGGCUCCUGCUGUAUUAAACGCCUUUGUUGUGUUACCUCAUCUAUUGCCAUCACAAAGAGCUGCUGGUCACUCACACAGACAUUUCACUGCCUCCAGCACUCCUAGGGAGCGUGUGACACUGUAGUCAAGAGGCAGAGCACCUUUCAGUGAUAGGGAAUGGAAGUGACCAGGUACCAAUUCUCCAGGACAACCAACAACUCUGAGGAAAGUGUACACACAGCAUAGACCACAGGGAACCAGUGCAGCAAUCCUCUCUUCCUCUCUUUGGACCUGAUCCUAUGAGGUACUGAGUGAGCUUCAACAUCAGUGGGACUUGGGAGGCACUCAACACCUUGUGGGAGUUACUCAGCAUCUCACGGGAUCGGGCCCCUUCUCAGCAAACAUUCAUAAAGGGUUCUAGCUCAUUUCAGUAACAUACUGCUAGUGCUGGACGAGAUGCCAAACUUCCCUGAGGAGCUCCAAGGGGCAAAGAAAGGGAUUCUGUAUCUCACACAGUACAAAAUGAUAUUCCAGCACAAGGACAAGGGCUCCACGACCAUCCGCUUUCCACUUCAGCUCCUGGGGGACUGUAUGAUAGGGGAGGAGCUGAGCUCCAGACAGCAAUAUAUCAAAGGGACUAUUACUUCCAGUCAAGGUGUUCUCACCUUCAAAUUCAUCUUCCUGUAUGAAGCCACUGAUUGCCUGAAUAUGAUCAAAACCCUGUCUUCAGCAGAUACAUUAAGAGAGGCUGCUAAUCUUCAGGACUAUCCAACAGCCUCCAUCUACACCUACACCCACCCAUCAGCACCUCGGGUUCCCCGUUUGCUCAACACACUUCCAUAUUGGCCACCCCCCUAUCCUGGCCCACCAGAGUUACCCCCACCCUACUCUGAAGUGGAGUCAACAAGCCCAAGAGAGAGCCAAGGGGGCUGCUGCCACUGCAGGGCCCUGAGAACCCAAGAACAGACAGACAGGCAGAACUGAGGAGCCAGCCCAGAAAUAUUCCAUGGAGCUGGGACCAUGCAUCCCUGUGGACUAUUAAAUUAGAAUUGAUUCCUGGCCUCUGAUGGAUUUUCAGUCAUUCUUCUCCAUUCAGCCAGGCAGGAAGGGGGAACAUAGGUAUCAAGAAAUUCUUUAGUGCUCACCAUUUUGAAGCACACAGUGUGUGUAGGAGGUGAUCAUAGAACAAGGUGUUAUAAUACUGGACUGGAAGACAGAUCUAAUCUCAGCUGUGCUGGGGGGAGGGAUAGCUCAGUGAUUUGAGCAUUGGCCUGCUAAACCCAGGGUUGUGAGGGAGCCAUUUAGGGAUCUGGGGCAAAAAUCAGUGUGGGGAUUGGUCCUGCUUUGAGCAGGGGGUUAGACUAGGUGACCUCCUAAGGUCUCUUCCAACCCUGAUAUUCUAUGUGCCUUGGACAAAUCACUGUGUCUCAGUGUCCCCACCAAUAAAAUGGAAAUAAUGAUAGUGACUGCAGAGGAGGAUUGUAAGACUCAAUGAAUGUAUGUAAAUUGCAUUGAGAUUCUUGGGUAGAAAGCACUAGAGAAAAGCCAGGCAUCAUUACUACAAAUUUUAGUUGCUUAUAAAUGAACAGAUUUUGAGGGGAAGGGAUGGUGGCAUACAGUUGUGGGUGCUUCAAAGCUCUGAUACCCAGGCCAAGCAAUCAACAGAACCUCUUCUGUCAUAAGAGGUACUUCACUACAGUACAGUGAGCCCUCUAAUAAAUGACCACCCCGGGGCCAACAAAAAUCAGUUGCCUUGAAGAGAAAGGGCCAGAUUCUCCAGUCUUCAAAGGUGACUUUGCACCAUAUAAGUGGCACAAGGCAGCCAGAGCUGGCCAGUGGAGGAUUAUCCCUGCGAAGGGGAACUCUCCACUGGUGAAUAGUGAAUGGAGGCUGCCCUGCUGCCUCCUGUGUCAGCUGUUGCCCCCAGCGUCCCAACACAUGGGGAUUGAGGGUAUAUGUAAGGGACAAGGUGUGGCCAGGAGGCUCCACUAUGCCCAGUCUUCUACGAGUGUAAACUAGGGUUGCCCCUGAAUCAGAGAGAUGCAACACAGGGUGUUUAAAUAAAGAUUGAACAAAAUGAUGCUAGAAACCUUAGGCAUAUCGUUAAGUGGUCCCUGUAGACAGGAAGUAGCCAGCUGCAUCUGAAGUGGGUUUUAUGUCCAGAUAAAUCUGUUAGUCUUUAAGGUGCCACCGGACUCUCAGUUGGAGGUUGUACUUAGUGCAGGUUACAUAAUUUAUUAUGUAUUAUUCUUUAAACGCUGGUGCCCCAGAUAUCAGAUUGAAAGCCCCUCUAUGCACCACAUAGGUACAGAAGAGACAGUGACCAUGCAGUCUUUCCCAUAUUCUAUGCCUGCCCUGGAGGGAUCAUCUCUCGGGGCAUUACUAACACACAGGGAGACUGUAGCUUUGUUUAUUUCAGAGUGAGGGAGGCUCACAAUUAUUCUGUAAGUGUUAUUAGUUCAGCAUCCCUGGUCUCUCUACAACUUAAUGCCAGCUGUAUGGGGGAGGUGGACACUGUCACCAGAAAUGAGAGGCCUGAGAGCACUAACUCAUUUCUCAAGUGCCCACCAGCCAUUAAUGACUUUUAGUCACUAACAAAUCUUGGCCAACUGGCAAAUUCCAGGUGAUCUUUGUCACUGCUGUAAAGGAAACCUCCCCUGGGGAAAUCUUCUCCUCAGGGAUGAGUUCUCAGCGGUGCCCAAGACAAUGCGCUUGUUUGAAAUCUGUGAGAGAACAUAUGGGAAGUUGACUGCUGAUUGGCUGCUAUGGGGCGGGAAUGAUUUAUAAUUGUUUAAAUAGGAUUGAAAACCUCUGUAAUAUUUUGCUGCUUUUCCUAAUACCAUUACAGCCCUCUCCAUAGCAACCAGUUGAGACAUCAUAGACUUUGUUCCUGGCCUGAGAGGACUAAAAUUGUGAUCUGGGGGCAGGCAGGGCACAGCAGUGUGGAUGGCUAAGCUAAUGAAAAACAUUAACAAUGCUGGCCAUGCUGGAAGAAGGAUAAAGUAUCUAAGAAAGCAAGAAUUAAAUGAAGAGCAAAAAAAAUCAACUCAGUGGUAUUUACUUGGCAGAACAAUUUAAAAGUUUAAAUGUAAAGAUCAGUGGAAAGAAAGUGUAUUGAACUUCACAGCUGUCAGUUAGGCUGGCCACCACAGCAAUGUAGAACUUGAUGGCCACAACAGGGAGAGAACUCAGAUUCUCCUGCUCCAAGAUCGACUUUUGUUUGAGCUAAAGGAGACUCUCUAUUACAUGACAGCAGUACAGGGUCUAUGAUGCAGAGUGGACACUUCUGAUUCCAGCCUGUGAUGCCCUGGCCAGCUCAUUGCGGUAUUUUGUUCUAUUUUUUUAUUAGGAUCAACUAAUAAAUUAUUUGAUUAUUAUUAAUAAAAAUACCUAGCUCUUAUCUAGUGCUUUCGUAAGUAGCUCUCAAAAUGCUUUACAAUGGAUAUUAUCCCUAUUUUGCAGAUGGGGAAACUGAGGUACAGAGAGAUGAUGUAACUUGCCCAAGGUCGCACAUCAGGCCAUUAGCAGAGCUGGGAAUAGAAUCCAGGUCUUGAGUCCCAGCCCAUUGCUCUAUCCACCAGGCCCAGCUGGCUCUCUCAGUUAAACAAACACUGAUUUUGCCUGGGGGCAGACAGGCACCUAAUGCUUUAUAUUCCAAAGUGGGAGCUGAUACUGGUUUCUCACUGGGAGGGCUGCAAAUAAGGCCGGGGGUAAGGUCGACAUUGACUAACACGGUGCCAGGAUACUGUCAUCAGUCAAAGAAGUAAAUUAUGUCUCUCAUGAAAAAUAAACACAAAACAAAUUUCA